AUGGAAGGGAAGGAGCUGUAUUUUGCUUUUGCAUCAAAUUUAAGUGAAAGAAAAAUGAAAGAACGCGGAGCAAAAUUUACUUCUCGCGAGAGCGCAGUGCUUCGCGGAUAUCGCUUCGUCUUCAACACCAACUGGAAAGAUGAUGGUUUUGGUUACGCUAAUAUCACCCCAGACGAAGGUUCCGCGGUUCAUGGCGCUUUAUACAUCUGCGAGAAGGGAAGCAUGUGUGAAAUGGAUCACGAGCACAUUCAUGAAGGCAAUCGUUUUCACCGAGUGAUCGUUAAAGUGGAAAAGAGAAACGGGGAAGUUGUCGAUGCGAUUGCGUACAAAGCGAAUAAGGAAUGUGUUAAAGGUGGGUUGAAGCCGAGCGAAAUUUAUCUCAAUGAAAUACUUGAAGGAGAGGAUCUUCUUCCAAAGGAGUACGCAGCGUACUUACGAAACUUGAAGGGUUAA